AUGGCUUACCCUUCUCAUGUGUUCACCUCACCACCAGGUUCUAGGGUCAUCAGCAAACGUGGUGAGGGUGCUUUCAACCCCAUCAUCCAGAUCAUUUACGAAGAUGUUGCACAGCUUGGGACCCAGUUUCAGUCCUCGGAGGACCGCACUUGUGACAGGCUGAUACUUUCCAAGAAGGCAAUUAACUGGGAGCUAUGCCGUCAGCGCAUGGCAGUGAAAACGUCUGAUCGCCCGGAGCCCCUGCAUGCUUCUCGAAUAAAUAGUGUUUCUUCACAAUUUAGCGAUGGGCCCAUUCCCAGCCCCUCGGCCCGGAGUAGCACGUCGUCCUGGUGCGAGGAGCCAGUCCAGUCCAACAUGGACAUCUCCACCGGUCACAUGAUCUUGUCCUACAUGGAAGAUCAUCUGAAAAACAAGAAUCGUCUGGAGAAAGAGUGGGAAGCUCUGUGUGCUUAUCAGGCUGAGCCCAAUGCCACCACCGUUGCACAGCAGGAGGAAAAUACCCAGAAGAAUCGCUCACAGGCUGUAAUACCGUAUGAUCAUUCCAGGAUAUGUCUGAAGGGUGAAAACAGCCAUGACAGUUCAGACUACAUUAAUGCUAGCCCAAUUAUGGACCAUGACCCCCGAAACCCAGCUUAUAUUGCCACCCAGGGACCUCUCCCUGCUACUGUCGCUGACUUCUGGCAGAUGGUCUGGGAGAACGGCUGUGUCGUUAUUGUCAUGCUGACACCCCUCACAGAAAACGGAGUCAAACAGUGCUACCACUAUUGGCCAGACGAAGGGUCAAACCUCUACCACAUCUAUGAGGUAAACCUUGUCUCUGAGCACAUCUGGUGUGAGGAUUUUCUCGUGAGGAGCUUCUACCUGAAGAACCUGCAGACGAAUGAGACCCGCACAGUGACACAGUUCCACUUCCUCAGCUGGAACGAUCAGAGGGUUCCUGCUUCCACAAGAUCACUUCUGGAUUUCCGCAGAAAAGUAAACAAGUGCUACAGGGGUCGCUCUUGUCCAGUAGUUGUUCAUUGCAGUGAUGGUGCAGGAAGAAGUGGAACCUACAUUCUAAUUGACAUGGUUCUCAAUAAAAUGGCCAAAGGUGCUAAAGAGAUUGAUAUUGCUGCUACCCUGGAGCACUUGAGGGACCAGAGACCAGGCAUGGUCCAGACAAAGGAGCAGUUUGAGUUUGCUUUGACAGCAGUUGCAGAGGAAGUGAAUGCAAUACUCAAGGCACUUCCCCAGUGAGCGGCUCAGCCUCCCGAAGGUUCCCGCAGGAUCCAUCCCUCGUUUUCCUCAUCCUCAGUCCCUGUGAAUGUUCUUGGAAACCGUGACCUGACCUUAACUGUGUAUCUUCUGUUGUAACCACAUAGUGAUAGGGUCCUUACAAACUCCUUUAGCUGGUAAAAGUUCAACAGUUAAAAUGUGUAUUCUGUUUUUUGGGGUUUUAAACAAAUUUUUAAAAGUACAUUGAAGCCUCGGAUUAAGUGACAGAACAAUCCAUCUAGUUCCUUUCACAUCCUCGAAGCCCUGAAUGUCACACUUUGAAAGCACACAUUCAUGUUCUUAAUAGCAAAUAUACAGUAUCGUGGGUAAUUAGUGCAGUCAAUAUAGUCUCAGAAAACAGUGUUCUGUUAUAUUUUGUAACUUUUCAAAGGCUGAAUAAGAGGGGGGGCCUGAAAAGGAUGGUGAUUGUUCCUAUACAAUGCCAAGCUAGAGCAUGAAACAGUGCUGAGGGUGUGAGUAAACACAGGUCCAGGCUCUGCCAAAGAGAGCUUGCACCUUCUCAUGCUGGGCUUUGGCAAGCAAAUGUUUUCUUAACUGUUGUUUACUUUUCAGCUUUGUGCCAUGAAUGGAAGAAAAUCUGAACUAUGAGUAAAUAGGCCUGCACAGUUGUUGCAACCGGGGAGAACAAGUUGGUCACAUUAAUAGGAAGCUGGGGGAUAACAAGCACAGCAACUCUGACCAUGUAC